GGUGUUUCUUAUUUUGUUUCAGGAGUACAUGACACAUCGUUCCUCGAUCUUCGGAUGAUUCGAGGCGGACAACAACUCCCAUACGUUUAGUGUAAGAAACAAGUGCUCGUGUCAAGUUCCAUCCUCUAAACCAAGUGUGCCAGGAAUGAUGUGUGAAUGUGCGUGUAUGUGAUCCGGUGGUGCGUGGUGCGUCCAUUCGUGCAUCAUUGUGCGUGAGUUCGUGUGCGUGCAUUUAGCAUGAGUUCAUAUUUCGCCAAUUAUCUGCCGGACAUGCGAAAUGGCGGUGUGGUAUCUGCAGAACACCAGCACCAGCACUACGGCGCUGCAGUGCAGGUGGCCCAAACUGGACCUCAAGGAGGGGGCAACGUGCAAGGGGACCCAAAUGGAUGUGAUCCUACCAUGCGACAGGGUAUCCCGCCACAUCACUACGCCGCUGGGCCUCCGGCUGCGGGACAGCCGCCCCAGGGCAUGCCCUAUCCAAGUUCUCCCACCUCCAGGUUCCCCCCGUACGACCGCAUGGACAUUCGCAACGCGGGGUACUACAACCAACAGCAGAUGGAUGGUACCGGGGCGUACGGUCGCCCUGACAGCCCUUCGAUGCACAUGGGCGGCGCGGCGGGGCAGCCCAACGGGCACCAAACGCCAGUCGUCUACGCCAGCUGCAAACUCCAAGCGGUGACGCAGAAUGGUGUGCUGGGCGGCGGCAGUCCCCCACUGGUGGACGCCACUGGGGCUCAGACCAUGACCGCUCAUCACAUGGGGCACCAUAUGCAGGAACAACACCCGCAGCAUCAUGCGGUGAACUGCAUAGAACAGCCGCCUCCACACCAUCAGCAACAGCAGCAACACAUGAUGUAUGGCGGACAGCCGCCCACGCAACCGGGCAUGCAUCAGCCGCCCCCGCAUCAACAGCCGCCCCCCUUGCAGCAGCAGCCCCAACCGGGACAGCAGCCGCCCAACAAUACGGCGUCCGCCCUGCCUAGUCCUUUAUAUCCAUGGAUGAGGAGUCAAUUCGAGCGAAAGCGAGGCCGACAAACGUACACUCGCUACCAGACUCUGGAGCUAGAAAAGGAGUUCCACUUCAACAGGUACCUCACCAGGCGGCGGAGGAUAGAGAUCGCGCACGCGCUCUGCCUCACCGAACGCCAGAUCAAGAUCUGGUUCCAGAACAGGCGGAUGAAGUGGAAGAAGGAGACCAAAGCCAAAGGGACAGAGGGCGGUUCAGAGGGCGGUGGAGAUGAUAUUAGCCCUCAAGGGUCACCGCAGUGAAGCUCCCAACAGUUCGUCACCCACCCGUGUACCUAAAUCAAGUUUUAGUCAUUAUGCAUUUGCCGCCCUUGCGCAGCGGACGCCCUAUUCGGCAGCAACUGUCUAAAUUCUAGCCCAUCUGGGCCUUUCCAUGUGCAAUUGCCCUGCAGGGCUUAACUUUUCACAAUGAAUGAGAUUUAUCUCGAAUUUAUGAUACAUCUAGACGGGAGGUUACCUAAAUCAAAAUCACCUUCAUUACUUAAAAGAAUAUUCAAAUUUUAUGCAAUGUUUUCCGUGGAAAUACAAGGCAUUUGUCAAAACAAUGGCAAAAAACCUGAAUGGCUCCAUUUUGAAGGCUUACCCGUAAACGUACGAGCAAUCGAAUAGCGGUAUAUUCAAAAAUAAUCUAUACUGAAUCACAUACCUAUAAAUACCCGGUUUAAAUUAGCACUCAUGCCUUAUGAAAAAUCUAUUUUACAAAAGGUGAUUUUUAAAUAUUUACUACCAUGCCUUUUUCGCCAUUGGUCAAAUAAUGGCUACAUAAAGAAAAUACCACCAUUAGUGCUAUAUAGCACUUUUCUACCUAGUGAGUGAUUUAAUAAUUACAGUUUUUAUUUGUUAUCAUGCUCUUAUUAUACAGAGUGACUGCAAAGUUGGGGUUUUACUUUUCAGAUAACUACGUUUGAUAUAACAAAGCUAGUGUGUGGUGAAACGUAGCGAAAAAGUAAAAAAAAAUAAAUGGAGAAGUACUCACUGUUCAGUUGAAUUGAAAUUUCAAGUACGGCUCUGGCGCAAAAUCCGUAUUCACAUCGUAGUCGUACGCCGUAUAACUGUACGCUGGCGCUGUGGACGUGAUCGAGGGCUAGGACAGGACCGGCUUCGGUUUGGUUCAGGCUUGAUUGAGCCCAAUAUCUCGGUUCUCUUAAGACAUUUGUGUAGGUUUAUGAUACUAAGAUCCGCUUAUUGUCUCAAGAUCUACACAUCGUGUAAAGGAAAUCACCAACUUUGCGGAUACCUCGUAUAGAUAUUAUUCACAUUCUAUGUGACUACUUUAUAGCACGUGUUUACCAAUUCCUAUCUGUUAGAAGCACAACGUACAUAAGUGAUAUUCAUCGAAAAGCUCCACUUUAUGCGGCAUUGUUUACUAUACAGAAAACUAGAUAGUUUUCCAAAUGGCAGCUUCAAGAGAAUAUGUUGUUUUCUUGCAGUAAGGCACCAAGUCAGAUUAUUUUCUAAAACAAAUUUAUUUUACGAAAAUCUUGGUUCCAAAAAGUAACCUUUUGAACCACAUCAAGCGAAAUCAAACAAAAAGCGUCAGGUUUAACAUAAAACUUAUAACAUCAGAUUUCUCGAGAUAAAUUCUGUGCGGGCUUGUUAGCCUUUCGAAUGUAAUUAAUAGUUUUGAUAAUACUCCAUAGCUGCUUUUAGCUACAAAAUUUGUAAAUCGAAUCUUAUGUCUAAGAUAUGGGUUUCGAAACGUGUUUAGAACUCUGUAUUAUUCAGUUAAAGAAGCUUUUCAGUGUCUGCAUUUUCACAUGGAAUGGCCCACCUACAACCGUAAUGACCUCUUACAAGAAAGUCUUUUUUGUGUACAAUGACCGUAACGCGAUAAAUAAUAGAUCGAUUUUAUAGUUUAUUUAUUUAUAUAUUUGUAGAUAUCUUAGAGCCUUUAUUGUUUUUUCUUUCACUUGAUACGCGUAUCGCCCGGAACUAUCUCAUAUUAAUCUUUUAACAAGAACUUCUUUGAGGCCAGUGAAACAAGCGUGCAAUCUGCAGAUGAACUGUCGUACACAAGGACUACAAAUUCUCUUUUCCUUGGUUGAUUCUUUUUGUAAAAAGAACUUCUUAGAUUCACAUAGUGAGAUUGUCAACGUCAGCAUACCAGAUCAUCUCCGCAUCAACGAAGACGUCGAAAAAAGGUCAGUGAUUGGCUUUUUGGUUUGUGACGUUUGUGUAUGAUGUGCUGAGUCGAACGCAAGCUAACCCGAAGUCAGUGAGGAUCAACUUUGGUUCAAAAAGAUUCUUGUACAAUGUUUGAAGGUAGGAGUCAACGCAGAGGUAAACUCAUUUUUUCAAACUUCCAUUGUCUAUUUUUAAUUAAAUACACACAAGUAUCUCUAAUCGUUAUCAAGUGUAAAAUGAGAACUUAUCCUAAAGGCUAUUUAUAUACAGUUGUGUGCGACCAAGCGCACAGUAGUUCAGAGAUCACCAUUUCCGCGAAAAUAGUAAGCGAGUAUAAAUAUUAUAUUUUUCUUUAUUUUUUCUGCUUAAAUAUUUUUUUGAACCCAAAAAUACCUAUUUGCAUUUUUUUACAUUAUUUCAUCUCUCAUUUAUUUAACUUCUAAACAAAUAAAUAUUUUUAAAAUUUUGUUUAAAGUCAGGCGUGUCCUAUGACGUAACUGUAAUCACAGAAUGCUCUGACUUAUUAAGUUCAAUAUAGUUUGAAAAAACAACUGAAUUUGAAAGGAAUGUUGACAGUCGUUUUGCAAUAACGCGGCAUAUUUUUUAGUAAAUCCGUGCAAUUUUUUCAGAAGUUUGACACUAAUGGGUUGUGAAAAAAAAGUGCAGCUAUUUCCAUGUUUUUAAAAACAAGUUUCAAAUGUGCGUUUGAAACACCUCAACACAUAAAGAAAAAACUAGCUGCAAAUAUAUACAACUUUUGUAGACGAGUGGUAUUUGAACAGAACUAAAAACAUGGUUCAACUGUUAGAAACGCUCAAGUUAUAUUUUUUACGCCACAAAAACAUUAAUGUAUAACUAUUUUCACUAAAUUUGGUUCACAUCUUUCUUAUAGGCCAAAAAUGCUCAGUUUUUGUAAAGUUUUGAUUUAGGGACCCACAACAUGCAUUGAUGCAGAAAUUUGAGAAUUUCUCGAAAACCGCUCACCAUACCCUACUUUAACAGGAGUGCCUUUUUUGCUUGAAAAUAUCGAGGAAAUUGUUUUUUUAACAAAAAAAAAACUACACUGAGAAAAGAGAGAGCCAUUUAAAGCGAUCCGAAGUGAAGCGCCCUCUAAAGGCCACAAUGAAAAUAUGUCCAUGAUCAGGUUUCGCAUCCCAAAAAAAACGGAUACCAAUUUUUGCAGUAAUAAGUUAAGAAAUGUUCAUGAAUUAAAAAAAAGGAUGUUUAUUUUCUAACCACAGUGUAUCUCGGAAUCGUAGCAGUUUUUGACUAAGGUAAGUUAGUUCAAAUCGGAUUAUUUUGAACUCAGGAAUAUGUGCUAAAGUUUUGUAAAGACUUUCAGGGACGCCUCUUAAUUCUAGGAACCGUGAAGCUUUAGAAGAGGUUCUGUUUUAAGUAGGGUUUUUCAAAUGUUUCUGAUUUCCACACUGGCAUUACUAAAAAUUCCGGUGUUAUUCUCAAUAAAUGCUCUUUCUACAAAUUUUCGUUUUCACCAGUGCUGUUCCCUGAACAGAACAUUGGCUUCUGACCGCUUCAUUUGGUGUUGGUUGGUACAUAUAUGUUCAGCGAUACUCGAUCUGGUUGUCUCACCCAGUCGUGUAUGUUUUUGAUGUUCCAUAACCCCAACCGAUAGUGGUUUUUUGGUUUCUCCCAUAUACGAUUUGCCACACUCAUGCGGGACUUGAUAUACGCAUCCUUUUCCAGGUCAGAUUCUUCCGGUUUCGUCUUAGUGAUGUAGCUCCUCAGGGUGUUGCUGGACUUAAAGGCCGUUUUAAUAUUUUAGGAACUAACUAUUUUUCUAAUUUUCUCUGAGAAUCUUUUAGCAUAAGGUAUGGUUAAGAAACUGACAUGUUGAUCAAUUUGGGAAUCCCUAUGCCUGUUUCGUUGCUGUUUUAAGAUUAUUAAAAGUUUUAUCAAUCAUUUUCUCUGGGUAACCAUCACCGCUACAUCAAGGCACGCAUCAAAUUUACAACGAAAACGGAAAAGGAUUCUUGCAUACCUUUCCUAGAUGUGUUUGUAAAACGUAGAGAGGGUAGGAUAGAAACUAGUAUAUAGAACACCCACUCACACUGGACAGUACCUGAACUAUGGGUGCAACCAAUCGAGGAAUUAUUUGCAGUCUUUACUCCCCUAGACAUCUGUAAUAACGCGGACGACUUAAAAUCAGAACCUAACAGUAUCAGAAAUGAUAUGCGCCUGAAAAAUUGACUGAUCAAUCAUUUAAUAAUCCAAAAGAGCAAUGAAACAGGCAAAGAAAUUCUCAACUGCCAGUUUCUUAACCAUACCUUAUGUUGAAGGCUUCUCAGAAAAUUUUAGAAAAAUAGCAAGUUCCUGCAACAUUAAAACGGCCUUUAAGUCCAGCAACACCCUGAGGAGCUACCUCACUAAGACGCAACCGAAACAAUCUGACCUGGAAAAGGGAU